AUGCCGACUGGUGGCUGCCUCUGCGGCGAGAUCAGGUACGAGUUCGAAGGGGAGCCAUUGAAGAUUCUCACCUGCCACUGCGCGCAAUGCCACAAGUCGACGUCGACCAUGUUCAGCACGGGCAUCUUCCUGCUGGAUAAACAGUUCAAACUCCUGGCUGCGUCGUCGUCGUCGUCAUCGUUGGAGCCGGCAACGCCCCAGACCUUCUCCUACCCGCAGACCUCGGACGGCUCCUUGCAGAUCCUGCAUUUCUGCCCCGUCUGCAGCACCACCGUGUGGAGGACCGGAGCCGCCGACAAGUACGCCGGCAUGCUGAGCGUGCAGCUGGGCACCCUGGACGACCCGGAGGUGAGGGACAAGCUGGCUCCGAGCGUUGAGUACUACGCCAGCUUGCGGACGAAGUGGGUGCCCCCGAUCGAGAAGACGGAGCAGGCAGAGGGAUGCUGA